ACAAUUCGAUUCUGGUGGAUCUUGUUACCAGAAUGAGAAUCAUCUUGAAAAUGAAGACUUAUCUUCUGAACAAUCUUGUAAUUUUAAUGCUACUUCCGAUCAAGAUUGUAUAUGGCAGAAUGUUAACUCAUUUUUAAAAUACUUAAAUGCAGAGACAAAUGCCGAGGCUAGAGAAUUAAUUGAUGAACCGGAUGAGACUAAGCUGGAUGAAGUGGAUGACGGUCAACUAGAAAUUGAUAGAGGUUUGGAAUUAGACUUACAAAAUAAAAUUAGCGAAAUAAAUA